AUCAACACCGAUUCAUCGUCAUCUUCAACUCGGGUUUGAAAGAAGAAGCAAGAACAUUAAUGGGUUGUGCUGGAUCGACACAGUCUCAAGCAGAUGGGUCAGUGAAGAAAAUUAGGAAGCCGAAACCGUGGAAGCAUACCCAACCGAUUACGAAAGCUGAGCUUAUGAAACUUAGAGAAGAGUUUUGGGACACUGCUCCUCACUAUGGCGGUAGAAAAGAGAUAUGGGACGCACUUCGUGCAGCUGCAGAAUCUGAUAUAUCUCUUGCACAAGCAAUUGUGGACAGUGCAGGAGUCAUUGUUCAGAACACAGAUCUCACAGUCUGCUAUGACGAGAGAGGUGCUAAGUAUGAGCUACCGAAGUAUGUUCUUAGCGAGCCUACCAACUUGGAGGAAGAAAAUUGAUUUAAGAUCAAGAAUAUUCGAAAAGACAAAAAAAGAAAAGAACCAAAUGUAAAUCUUGUGUGUAAGUAGUUACAUUAGGAUUCUCUGCUUUUGUCUAUUUUAACACUUAUUAAAAAAGAUUGAUUCCC